AUGUCACCAAUCUCUCGAGUCGCGACAAUAAGCCCAGCUGCGGCCUGGCGGUCUUCGACAUGUCGACAUGCGAUCCUCACUCACAGCCAGCGACGAUUUAUCUCUAUUAAUGACCUCGACGAGCAAAGACGGGGCAGGAAACGGAUGGUAGUGCUAGGCUCAGGAUGGGCAGGUUAUACUUUGUCCCGCGAGCUCGACAGUAAGAAGUAUCAAGUCGUCGUAAUUAGCCCCCGAAGCUACUUCGUCUUUACGCCGUUGCUGGCAAGCACCUCUGUGGGUACCCUAGAGUUCAGAGUGGCGUUAGAGCCGGUAAGGUCGCGCAACUCGUCCACCGCUUUCAUUCAGGGUUGGGCGGAUGCUGUAGAUAUCGACAGGAAAACGCUAGAAAUCGAGGAAGCCGUAGAGGAUCCAAUGCAAGGGAGGGCGCUUGUUGGAGAUCAGUAUGAGGGAAGGCCGGAGGACAAGCCUGUUGACAAGCAAAAGGGCAAAGUCUUCAGCAUGUCCUACGAUUCCCUCGCAAUAGCUGUUGGUUGUUAUUCGCAGACUUUUAACACACCGGGUGUCAAAGAGCAUGCUUACUUCCUGAAAGAUGUCGGAGAUGCUCGCAGAAUCCGCAACCGUCUUCUUUCGUGCUUCGAAACGGCCGCUUUGCCAACAACCUCCAUCGAGAUGAAGAAACAGCUUCUCAAUUUUGCUGUGGUCGGCGGAGGACCGACUGGAAUUGAAUGGAGUGCGGAACUGCAUGAUCUGGUGAAGGAGGACAUGGCGAAGCUGUACCCGGAACUCGUGGAGUAUGCACGCAUCACCGUUUAUGACGUCGCGCCCAAAGUCCUAAGUAUGUUCGACGAGAAGCUCUCGAAAUAUGCCAUGGACACAUUCAAGCGUCAAGGCAUCAACAUACAAACUUCUCACCAUGUCGAAGAACUUCGGCGCGGCGCUCCUGGUAAUGUUGCGGAGAAGCCUGGCGUCAAAGACGGCACCACAAUCUACACCAUCAAGCUCAAGGAAGAAGGCGAAGUCGGAGUCGGAAUGUGUGUAUGGUCAACCGGCCUUAUGAUGAAUCCCUUUGUGGAGAAAGCACUCGAUAGCAAGGUCAAGCGCCAUGAGAAGAGCCACGCUAUCCUCACUAAUGACCGGAUGCAAGUAAAGGCGCCGGAUGAGAGCAUUAUCCCAGAUCUCUACGCCCUUGGCGACUGUGCCAUUCUUGAAGGAACGAGCUACCCCAGCACGGCGCAGGUCGCGAAUCAGAAGGCUCAUUGGCUUGCCAAACGUUUGAACAAGAUGGACUUGCACCGAAAUGGCUUCACGUACAAGGACCUUGGAGUGAUGGCGUAUGUCGGCAAUUGGAACGCGAUCCUGCAGGCAUCCGGAGCUGGAGAUAUCUCGGGCCGUGUCGCAUGGUUUAUCUGGCGCGGUGCAUAUCUAGCAAAGAGUGUGAGCUGGAGAAACAGGAUCCUUAUACCUACAUACUGGGCCGUUAACGCAAUCUUUGGCCGGGACAUCUCACGAUUCUAA